AUGCCAGCUCAAUCGACCUCUUCGACUCCAGUCCCGGGGGCAGCUCUACCGCCAUCGUCAAAACCAAAGAAAAACAAGAAGAAGGCAAACCUCAAGACUGAAGAUGUACCAUCAAACCAAAAAGUAGAAACAGAUGCAGAACCCAUCUUGUCUCAAGUCCAAGAGGAAAUCGUCCCUCCCUCCGUCACGGAAAGCGGUAAAAAACAGAAGGGACCCGUGGAAGAAGUCAUCGCUAAGAGGAUGCGGCAAUUGAUGAAGAAGAUCCAACGAUUCAGAGGUUAUGCCUCUCAACCUCACGAACAGCUAAAUGCUGAUCAAAGAGCUGGGAUCAGCAGCUUACCAAUCUUAGAGAAUUUACAUAAGGAGUUGGAAGAAUUGUCGAAGCAAGUUGAGCCUGUUGAAUUGGAACAGGCUGGGAAGAUCAGAGAAAUCAAACAACAAGCAACUAAGGAAGCUGAAAACAAUGUAUCGGAAAAGAUCACAGAAUUCCAAUACUCACUCUCAACACCACUUGCACUUUUCCUUCGAUUACAUAAAUUGCUUCAUCCUGCUCGAUCGAGUGAUCAUGAUCAUCUCACUUUCGCUCGACUUGACUUACCAUUGAACCUUCAAGAUGCAGUACAAGCCACUGAUGUGCUACGUAUAGGAAGGAUGUACGAGGAGUUGAUCGCUGGUGGUGAAAGUGGAAAGGAAAUUAUAGCUGGUUUGGUGAAAGGUUCAACAGGUGACGAUGAAGAGAACGAUCAAAUACAUCAUCUACUCUCAUUACUUGCUGCACCCUCUGAUCCCGAAGCUGAGACAGCACCCGAAGAAGUUGAUCUAGAAGAAUCUCAAUCUGCACCUCAAGUAGACGAACCAGUGUCCAAUGCACCAUCUGAGAGUGAACUACCAAAUGGAGAUGUGAAGGAAGAGGAAGCCGAGCUCGAAGAAGUUGCUCCUGCACCUAAUGCCACAUUGUCAGGACAGGGUGGAUUGAACUUUUUACAGGAGGAUGAGUUGGCCGAAGAGGAGGCCGCUAUCAAUGAGACACCCGUAGCUGCUGCACCAGAACCAAUGGCCACAAGUCCCUCUCCACCGAUCGAGUCUGCUCCUGCUAGUUCCGCGCCUAUACCAGCCGCCGUUCCAGCACAUUUUGAUUGGGCGGCAGAUGAAGACCUGGACGAAGAAGCUGAAGCUGCUCAUAUCAGACAAGCCUUCGCUUUACCUCCUAGUGGUACUCAAACCCCAGCUAUUCCUCAAGGUAGAGUAGAAGAACAAACUGUAGAAGAUGAAAGGGAAGAACCUGCUAUCGCCCUCAUCCAAGAAAAUGAAUUGGCAAAUGCCCAUGUAUCGCCCUCAGCAAUAGAUGUCCCAACUGCUGUUGAAUCAGAUGCUGUACCUGCUCCUUCUUCCACAGAAACUAAAGAUGUCACAACCCAGCCCAAACGUCAUAGAGCCAGAGGUGGAAAGCAGAACCCGAAUAGGGCCCAGCAGUCCCAACAACAAGGAGGACCUGCACAAGCGCAAGGAGGACAAAUACAAGGACAGAGACAAGAACAAAGUCAAGGACAAGGCUCUAAGCCUUCUGCAAAACCGACAAUUGACGAAGAUGGCUUCAUAGUGGUUGGAAGACAAGCGCCCCCUGUCAAUAGAGGAAGAGGCGGUAGCAACGGAAGUGGCAGAGGGCGCGGAGACGGAGCGAGGGGCAGAGGUCAAGCUGGAAGGGGGAGAGGUGGUCCCGGCCCUCGAGGUGGCUCGAGGCCCGUGCCCUCUUCGGAGAGUCCAGGCCAACAGACUGGUGGGAAUAGGCCAGCAAAGCAAAAUCGACAAUCAUCAGUAGCUCAGGCUCAGGCGACAGCACCGGCCGCAGCAUAA